AUGUCAGUAGAAGAUCAGCAUUAUCACUACGCUGGUGAACCUUCUGAAGGCCCCCCAGCUCAUUCGAGACGACCUCAUCAUCGUCGUCAUCCACAUCGACAUCAUCAACAACCACCUGCUACUGUUAUCGUUCCUGAACCCACCAGCAGCAGUGCUCAUUCAGAAGACGAAGCAGUGCCUGAGCUGCAGCGAACUGAGGAGGGAAAGCACAUGGAGAGUGAGGUUCCUGAAGAAGACCCGGCGGAAAAGUUUAUGAAGUCGUUUUCUAUGUUGAGUGCGAAAACUUUAGGGCAAUUAGAUCAGCUCGAGGCGGCACUUCACGCUGUUGAGAAGGAGGCAAGCAUUCGGGGUGUUGGAGUGACCGAAACUGAGCAGGAUCUGAUCUCGGGGGAAAUGUCCAUUGGGAAAGCAAAAGACGAUUUGGCCCAAAUUGAAGCAAGAUUGGACAAGCUGCAGUUUAACGGCAUCGACUCGGUCGAGACUGUUGACCUGCACUCUGGGAAAGAGCCGGCUAAAGCGGCUCGAAAAGAGUUAGUUCGACAAGCUGAGAAACUGAGUGCUCGAAUAGAUAAGAUUUUUAAACAGAUUAAGGAGGCUGAAAAAAGUGGGUAG